AUGCCUACCGCAAUCAAGAGAAGGAAGCUAUCAACAGCUCCUCGAAAAACGACUACUUCUGCGACCCGACAACAGAUUGGCGCCUUUACAAAAGUAUCCAAAGGUGCCAAUGUCGCAUCCAAAACAGUCGUCGACAAAACGAAUGCUAUCAAUACCAUCGCAACUACCGUACCUCAAGUCGAAAAGUCCGCAGCUACUGGUGGAAAGCGCAAAUUAUCAGAGAUUGACGAGGAUGAAGUCCCGAUCGAAGCAUUGUUACAAAUACCAUCUGCCUCGAAAACAGUCACAAGCAGCAAGCUUCUCUCUCGAACACGAUCCCAAUUGAUACCUUCAACACCGCGAAAAUCGGCCAUCAAGAGUACUGUCAACAACACCGUCGACACGCCAACCAAAGGGGCCCGAAGCCUUUUGGACCGGCUUCUCUUGACCUCCACAACGCCGACUAAAUCUCCACUUAAAACCAAGCCAUCACAUACACCGCUUUUAGACCUGAAUACACCUCCAUCGUCUCAAGAACUUCCUACCGAAUUACUCGACCUCGUUAAUUUACAUGCCGCAUUCCUCACAGCACUAUCGCUUCAUUACGCUCAUAAUGGGAUCAAUUCACCAGCCUGCCUUCGCAUGCUCUGCCCCAAUGUGGCCCGAGCUUGGGGAAAGCGCAGUGUCACUCUGGAGGAUAUUCGCAGAACCAUUGGAGUCUUGAAUGCAAAUAUUCUGGAGCGAAAGAAGAAGGAUGCAACACCUCAACUUACACUUUCAGACUAUGGACACGGGAAAAUAUGCAUUGAGAUAAGCAUUUCAGCAGGGAAGCCUGGUACCAUCAUCGCCAGACCUGUGAACGAGAAUCUGUUGAAUGAGAUAUUUUCUGGAGGAUUGAAGAACUCCUGGAAAGUAAAUUCGUCAGAAAAUAUGGAUAUCAAGAAGUUCAUCGAAACAUUACCAUUGGAACCCAUUACUACAUGUUCCUCGUUACUCAAAAUGUCUCCAAUGCUCGCCAAAGGACAACGAAGAUUGGGGGAUUUCAAAGUCGGAAUUGCGGUUGCGAAAGAGCAGGAAAGGGCAAAGGCAGUAGAGGCAGAAAUUGCCUACACCACUGGAGCCGCUACUACAGGGACCAAACCCACUCUUCUCGAACGCUUGAGGGCGAAACAGUUGGAGAAGGCGAAUCAAGCACCACCACCUACUAAAGUAGAGCUUGCUCGCAAAGUAGCAAUACAGAAGAUUGAGGAAGUUGCAGCAGUCUUGGUUCAUCUCAGCACAUCAAGUUCCGUUGGGCAGACACGAAUUUCAUUUACCCUACCGACUGUAAUUGGCAAACUGCGAGAUUCUUUGAAGACUCCAAUCUCCAAAGUAGAGAGUGAGACCUGUUUGAGACUAUUGGCUUCGGAUAUAGCUCCUGAGUGGGUCAAAAUGGUCAAAAUGGGCAAGUCGGAAGCCCUUGUUGUGAACAGAGAUGAGAGGCCCACCGAGGCUAGUAUUUCUGAGAGAGUUAAGAGUGCCUCCUGA